AUGCCUGGUAUAGACAAUGAUGUCAUUGAACACUGCUUGGGCAUGGACCCUAUGCACAAAGCAGUUCUCCAGAAAAGAAGAUUGUUCAGUAUGGAGAAAUAUGUUGCCCUUAGCGAGGAGGUGGAAAGGUUGCUCGCAGCUAGUUUCAUUAGGGAAGCCUAUUAUCUAGAAUGGUUGUCCAAUGUGGUUUUGUUAAAAAAAAAAAAAGUGAAUGGAAAGUGGAGGAUGUGUGUAGAUUUUACGAAUCUGAACAAAGCUUUCCCAAAGGACAGCUUCCCGUUACCACGCAUCGACAUUAUCGUGGAUGCGACGACAGGAUACCGUAUAUUAUGCUUCAUGGAUGCGUACUCAGCAAUCUCCUUGCAUGACGUGUCCACUGUCCUGGUGAAAGAGGAGGGGAUCACCCAAAAUCCUAUGUACUACGUAAGUCGGGCUCUCAGAAGAGCAGAAGCAAGGUACCCUUGGAUGGAAAUGCUAACUUUUGCCUUAGUAACGGCAACUAGAAAACUAUGCUCGUACUUUCAAGCCCAUACAGUAAGGGUGCUUACAGAAGCUCCAUUAGCAAAGACCCUGAGGAAGCCAGACAGCAAAGGAAGACUGAUAGGAUGGGUGAUCGAGUUGAGCGAGUUUAAUCUAGAGUUUGAGCCAAGAAAGAUAGUUAAGGGUUAA